AUGUAUUUAUCCAGUCAUUACAUUAUUAAUGAAUUCGACCAAUCGGUUAAUCAUCAGUUAAAAUUCUGUUUAUACUCACAUGAUCCUCGUCUGAGAGAUCCAAGUUGUGAGGUAUUUGAAAUGUUAACAGAUGUAGAAUUCUAUCCAUUUUCCCCAUUAAUCAAUUCACAUAUCACUAAUGAUUAUAAUAAAAGCGGUGAUCAGAAAUCUUCAACUUAUAUUGCUUGUAAUACUAAAUUGACAGAUAGUUCUAAUGACAGUCAGUCACAGUGUGACGUUCCUGACUGUGUGAUUAAUUCUCCUGAAUGUCGAGAACGUUUUCUAGAACAUUAUGUUGGUGACUAUAUAUUACUGUUUGAUUCAGUUUCUCUUACUGAAAGACAAGGAUGUCCAGUAGGAAUUAAUUUGUGCACUGGUGAGUCUGGUUUGUUUAACAUAUCUGCUGGUAGACGUGUACCACAAAGUCAAACUUGGACAUUACAUUGUUCCGUCCCACUAAACUUUACUUCUUCAACUAAAUCAUGCUUUAAACAACAUUGCCCAACUAGUACGAAUAAUGUAAACUAUAGUGAAGAAUUUAAAAAGUUAACAAGUCAAAAUUCAAGUCUUAUUGCAAAAAAUACAAAUUCAACAUGCCUUGUCCUAUCACCAUGUCUUUCAAAUUCAUCAGAACAUUCCUCUUCUUUUUUUUCAUCCUCCUCAUCAUCAUCGUCUUCUAGUGAUCCUGUAAAGAGUAAAUCAACUGUACAAACAUCCAUAACGACCAAUAAUAAUAAUAAUAAUAAUAAUAAUAAUAAUAAUAAUACAGACAAACACAUAUCUGAUAAUCGAUAUGAUUUAUACUUCACUAGUGGUGCAAAUUCAACUUGUCAAAAUGAAUUUCAAUUAUCAUUAAAUAAUGAUGAAUUAAAUGAAACUAAUUCUAAACAUAUUAAUAAUUAUCAAUCAACCGUUAAACGUCAUACUUAUAAUAAAUCAAGACAAAUCUAUGUUAUGCGACAUGCUGAACGUGUAGAUAUUAGUUUUGGUCAUGGAUGGAUUACUCAAUGUUUCAAUCAUAAAGGAGUUUAUCGUAGAUUCAAUUUAAACCUCCCACCUUGGCUACCUACUCGGACGGAUUGUUUUGAAUAUAUUUUAGAUUCACCGAUUACCCAAAUUGGUUUAUUUGUAUCAGCUGAAACUGGUCGCGCUUUGGCUGAUGCUGGAGUUUACUUCACUGCAUGUUAUUGUUCUCCAGCAUUUCGAUGUGUUCAAACUGCUUGUGAAUUAUUGAGGGCUAUGGGUCGUUCGGAUUUAUCAAUUCGUAUAGAACCACAUUUAUUCGAAUGGUAUGGUUGGUAUGUUGGUGGUUGUACACCAAAAAUGAUGACUGUACAUCAAUUAAAACAUGCUGGUUAUAAUGUAGAUACAAAUUAUACACCACUCAGUUCAUAUAAUGAUAAUGAUAAAUAUGAAUCUAUUCAAGGCUAUUGUGAUCGUACUGCUGUGUUAAUUAAGCGUAUUUUAAAUGUUCAUAAGUCGAAAGAUACUUGUUUAUUAAUUGUAGCCCAUGCAUCAUCAUUAGAUACUUGUACACGUCAUUUAGUAUGUCAUAGUUUUAGAAAUAAUUUAUCAUCAGAUGAAUUUCAUCAUCGUACAUCAAUUGUACCAUAUUGUGGUUUAUUAUUAGCUCAAGAAAAUCGUCGAUGGAAUUUAAUUAAUCCACCAAUACCAAAUUCAUGUUCAUAUACAAGAAAUAUUGAUUUUGAUUGGAAACAAUUACUUGGACCAUCAUUAUGCAAUUUUAAAAUACGAUAAAUAAAAUUAAUGAUAGAAUUGGAUUCUUUUAUUCAUUCAUUCACAAUUUGGCAUUUAAUUCAAUUUUUUGUUUAUUUCAAAUUCUUACAUAUCGUUUUUCUUUUUUUUUUUGUUUUUUUUGUUUGUUUUCAAUUUGAAUACAGCUUCACAUCUGUGUUGUUAUUUUCUUUUUCUUUUCUUUUUGUUGUUGUUGUUUUUAUCGUUGCAUUUAUUAAUUCUUUUGGUGUAUCUUUUAGUUUUUCAUUGUUUUCAACGAUAUAUAGAUCCUAAUUAAUACCUUGGAAGUGAAGAUUAAAUAUAAGUAACAUUCUGUGUAUACAAUUGACAUUAUUAUUAUUAUUAUUAUUAUUAUUAUUAUUAUUAUUAUUAUUUGUUUACUGGAUCUGUAUAAAUCUGAUUGUUUAUUUUCAGAAUAUGGUUCAAGGAAUUGAUUUCAAGUUUACAAUGUAUAGCAUAUAUUUCAUUACAUUAAAAUGGGUUUACAGUCAUAAUUAUAUAAUUUAUAAUGAAUGUUUCUAUGGUAUUUGACAAAUUCAUUUCGAGAAAAGAAUAUAUAUCUAUUUAAUAAUCUAUGUUUAAAAUAACCGCUCAUUACGAUUGUUCAAAAAUCAAUUUUAUUCCGGGUAUUUAAAAAACAAAACAAACUGUUAAACUGAUGUUAUUGAAUGGAAAGAAGGAUCAAUAUUAAGAGACUAAUAUAUUGAAGGAAAAAUAUUCUUUCGGAUCAAUUCUUUUCAGAUUCUACAAUUCAUAUAUAUAUAUAUCUAAAUGAAUAAUCUCCAAAGAAUGAUCAGGUUAGGGGGAGAAAAGUACAUCGUUUAAAGUAUGUGAAUUUGUUAAUGAUGAUAUUAAUUCGGAUAGAAUAUUAACUUAAAUCUGCAUGUAUGUGAAGUGACAAUUUGAAGAUGUAUAAUCAGAAUAAAUAUUGGAUCAGAUAGGAUGAGAGAAAUAAUAGUGAAAUUAUAAUUCGAUCAAAUGUUUAUUGGAAGGUUAUAGGUUGUAAUUUGCCCUGAACCUGAUCAUUUUUUUGGGGGGAUUAUUUAUCUGGAUAUACAUGAAUUGUAGAAUCUGAAGAGAAUUUAUUGAAAAGAAUAUUUUUCGUUCAAUAUAUUAGUCUUUUAAUAUAAUUAUGAUCUUUAAGGGUGGUAUAACUUUUCUUUUCAUGCUUAUUAGUUAAUCAUUUGAAUGUAUAUGCAAAUUCUUAACGUGUUAUAUUUCUAUUCUCUUUCUUUUCAAUCUAUUCCAGAUUCAUUUCUACUCUUGUUCCCCCUUGAUUUAUUAUCAGCGUAUGUAAAAUAACACAAAAUAUUUCCUUUUUUUUUCUUAUUGGUUAAGAUGUAAAUUGUUGUAUAUUCCAUAAAUGAAUGGAUUGUAUUCUUUUAAUGAAUAAGUCAAUAAAUCCAGUUUUACCAUAAUUCUCUCCUUGUGUUUUAUUUUUUUUUUGUCAACUGUUUAUCUGUGUUCCUUUUAAUUUUUUUUUUGUUGUUGUUUUUAGUUGUCCUAUGUUUGAUCAUUAUCAUUAGAUCUUUGAAGUUCUGUAGUUUAUCAUAUCUGUUUUUAUUACAGAUACGUUCAUGGAUUGUUUUUCACUUAUGUUGUUGCAUAUCUAUAUCGUAGUUUCUUGAUUUUGUUAUGCGUUGUUAUAUUUUCAUUUUAUUUUGUUAUAUGAAUGAUACAGAAAUUUAAAGUGUAUCAUCAAAAUUUCCCUACCGAUCAUUUUAUAAUUUAUUCUUGUUAGAAAGCGCUGGUGAUCUAUAUUCUAUGCCAAUAGUUGUAAAGUAUUCAUCUUGAUUAGCAGAAGGCUGUCGUUAUUAAAUAAACAAUCUAGAUGAAUUAAUCAAUACAACUCCUUUCCUGUAUUACUCUCUAUCACAUAUAGUGUUAACUUCAAAUAACUCUACUAGUUACACUAGGUAAUAUGGCAAUACGAUAACAAGCUUACCUAUUACUAAACUACUUUAGUAUCCACGUAUGCUUGUUUAACGUCAGUGGCAAUAAAGUAUUUGAAUAAGUAUUCUUAACACAAUAUAGACG